AUGUCUGGCCUGCAGAAACUCUCCCUCACAGUGGCCCUCUGUGUGCUGGUCCUCGCCACAUUGUUACCCAGCUCUGAGGCCGGGCGUGGUGGUCGAGGAGGAGGUAUGUCCUUUGGCCGAGGUAGAGGAGGCUACAGCCGGGGCUGGGGAGGUGGUGGUGGUGGUUACAGACCGGUCCCUGCCCAGAGCGGCGGCCCCAGUGCAGCAAAGGUAGCUGGAGCAGCUGCAGCAGGGGCCAUAGGAGGAUCAAUGCUAGGGUCUGCCCUUAGCCGCCCUGGGUAUGGUGGAGGAUAUGGAGGAGGAUAUGGAGGAGGAUAUGGAGGUGGAUAUGGAUAUGGAGGCGGAUAUGGAGGAUACCCACGCUAUGGCGGUGGCUACAGUGGUGGGUAUGGCCCGAGGCCUGGCUACGAGUCAGAGGGCUCUGGAGAUCUGGAGUACUUCACUGGAGCGUCCAGCGGGCCCAUCUACAACAGUAUCAUUGUUGUGAUUGGCUCCCUGAUGUCACUGCUGAUGGGCCACUGGGUGGCAGUCAUGUAG